AUGAGCAGUAAGGAAUGCUUCCGGUGUGGACGCUUAGGACACUGGGCCCGGGAAUGCCCUAGAGGAGGAGGGGCUCGAGGCCGCGGGGCCAGAAGCCAUGGCAGAGGUUCUGAGUGCAGUCCCACCACUCUACCUGAUACCUGUUACCGCUGUGGUGAGUCAGGGCAUCACGCUAGGAACUGUGACCUUCUCAAGGACAUCUGUUACAACUGUGGGAGAAGUGGCCACAUCGCCAAAGACUGUGUCGAGCGUAAGCAAGAGAAAGAGCUGUGCUGUUACACGUGUGGCAGACCAGGACAUCUGGCUCGUGAUUGCGACCAUCAGGAAGAGCACAAGUGCUACUGUUGUGGCAAAUACGGCCACAUUCAGAAAGAGUGCAACCAAAUCAAGUGCUACCGGUGUGGUGAGAUGGGCCAUAUGGCCAUCAACUGCAGCAGGACCACCGAGAUCAACUGUUACCGCUGUGGCAAGGCCGGCCAUUUAGCCCGGGAAUGCCCCGUUGAAGCUACUGCUUAA